CUUGUCUCUCUCUCUGCCCGCCUCCUCCUCUGACUAGGCCCCAGCCCAGAAGGAGGGAGAGAGGAGGCAAGAUGGCGUCGUCGUGUCUCUCGCUGCUCCAGGCCUCAGCGGAGCCCUUCGCGGAUCAGGGCGGGUUCAGCUUCCACAACUGCGCCCGGAAUGCCCAGCUGGAGGCCGAAGGGGCCAAGAAGGGUCUCCGGCUCCCCAGCGCUCGCAAGACAGGGACCACCAUUGCUGGAGUAGUCUUCAAGGAUGGGAUCGUACUCGGAGCAGAUACAAGGGCCACGGAAGGGAUGGUUGUGGCUGACAAGAACUGUUCGAAAAUCCACUACAUUUCUCCAAACAUCUAUUGUUGUGGUGCAGGAACAGCCGCAGACACCGAAAUGACAACUCAGUUGAUCUCUUCCAACAUGGAGCUGCACUCGCUUUCAACCGGACGGCUUCCAAGGGUGGUCACUGCCAACCGGAUGCUCAAACAGAUGCUCUUCAGGUAUCAAGGUUACAUCGGUGCUGCCUUGGUCCUAGGUGGGGUAGAUGUCACCGGGGCCCAUCUCUACAGCAUCUAUCCCCAUGGAUCCACUGACAAAUUGCCUUAUGUUACAAUGGGUUCUGGCUCUUUGGCAGCCAUGGCAGUUUUUGAAGACAAGUUCAAACCUGAUAUGGAGGAAGAAGAAGCCAAACAGCUUGUGAAGGAGGCCAUUGGAGCUGGCAUCUUCAAUGAUCUGGGCUCUGGCAGUAACAUUGAUCUCUGCGUCCUCAGCAAGAACAAGCUGGACUUCCUCCGUCCUUACGAUACACCCAACAAAAAGGGGGAAAGGCAAGGGAAGUACCGAUGUGAGAAAGGGACCACAGGGAUUCUUACUGAAAAGGUUACUCUCUUGGACCUUGAAGUGACGGAUGAAACAGUGCAGACGAUGGACACCUCCUGAUUUUGUCGUAACACUGGGAGAGGGGGAUUUGAAAUUAACAGCCUUUAUGCAGAGUUAAUAAAAACCAGUAAGAAUUGACCAAUU